AAGAAAGUGAACGAAUGCCACCAUCUAUCAUCUGGCAUCCACUUGUUUGUUUUUGUCUAGAAGUUGUCAUUAGCUUCGGUGUAAACAUUUACAGGUAAACCGAAACAGUUUCAGAAAUGCUGGUUGCCCAGCGUCGUCUCCGCGUCAGCUUCAAUGAGUGAAAGCGUCAGAAUCCCCUUGUUCAGGAGUCUAAAUUUAUUUUGAGGCCAACAAGAAAGGAGAGGUUUUAAGAUGACUUUGACGACCAACCGUUAGGUCUUGUAAUCGCCCAGAAAGUGAAGAGUUUCUGCUUUUUCGUGCCCAAGCUUAUCUUCUUGAAGAAUGGAUACCGCAGUCAGUCCUAUAGACAUCCCUUUGUUGCCCACUCCUUCGACAAGUUCUGCUAGUCCCAGUGUUGAACUCAGGCAUGAUUUUGAAGUGCUCAGCAGUAAUGCUACAGAUUUCUCGUCUGCACACACAAGUCCUGAUGAUUUCAGGAACUCUCAUGCCAAAGAGUGUGAAGUGAUGUGUCCCGAACCUAAAAGCAUGAUUGCAGACAGUCUGAAAAUCUCUCAACGCAAGCAGCCACGGACCUGCCCUGUUGUGUAUGAGAGUCAGAUAUCACCAGAGCUGGAAGGUAUCAAACUCAAGAUUAAAAAGUCUCCAACACAAGAAGUGUUGCAUCAGAGCACAUCAACAACAGCAGCUGGGCCAAGAAACAAACCCAAAACUGUCAGAUUGAAAACACCAAGGGCCCGCAAACCGACGGCGGCGGGACCCAAAGGCAGAAGACGUAAAAGAAGGAAGAAAGGCCAGUCUGACGAUGGUUCUGAUGAAAAUGAAGAAGAUCAAUACGAUUUUGUGCACAUAAAUGGUUCAUCAGCGGUGACUGUUAACGACAAUAUUGGAGCCCAAAGUGUCUGGGCUAACGAGCGAAUGCCCCCUGAAAUCUUGUCCAAAAUUUUCAUGGAAGUGACUUACACUGAAGGAUGCGUCCCCACCUUGGUCAGGUUAUCGCGAGUUUGUCGGCUGUGGUGGAAAGUUUCCACGGGACCGUUGUUAUGGCAUACAGUUGAUCUAGCUACAGGCCGAGUUAAAGAAAAACAUCGAACAGAGGGAAAACUUCUUUGGCUUCUUCGCAAUCGGUUAUCGCGCGUACAAGAUUUGGCUCUAGGUGGCUGGAAUUCUGCACUGAGUCGAGCUGCAGUUGAAGAUUUGUCUCGAACCUGCAAUGAUCUGAAAGCGCUGAGCCUUACUGGUUGCAAAGGUUUGAUGGGUGAUAGUCUGUUGAACGUCAUACAAAAGUGCAAAAGUUUACAAAAGCUUGACCUGUCGGCCAUUUCGCCUUACACGGCCAACCCACGGGGAGCCAUUUCGAGUGGAACCUUGUGUGAGCUAACCAAAGUAAUGGGCAGUCGGCUUUCCCAUUUGAAUUUGGCGAAUAACUGCACGACGGGAAUUCAGCAGAUUGUCAUUGCUCUAGCGGUUUCUUGUCCUAACCUGCAAGUUUUAGACUUGUCUAACACACGGACGGCUACGCGGGACACGGUUUGCAUUAACAUCGAACAGUUGCAAGAAGGUUGUCCCAAGUUAAGGGUCUUGCGUCUGACCAAUAGCCUCAUCCGGCUAUCAGCUACGCCUCUUAAAGAUCAAGCCGCAUCUCUUGGAUUUCCUCACCUAGAGGAGCUCAGUAUUGCGGUCGACCCCAAGGCCUACAUCUCGCUAGACAAUGCUUCAAUUGAACGUAUUCUCAAAAACGCUCAUAAAUUACGACUACUUGACGUCCGCGGAUGCACUUCCAUCACCAAUUCUAGUUUGGUCCGCGUUCCGGCCUGGGAUCUCGAACAUCUCUUUUUAUCAGGCUGCACCGCAACACGCCACUCAGCCGAUGGGCUGGAACUAGUAGUCAGAAAAUGGCGCCACAGUUUGGUCGAAAUUGAUCUCUCUUGGACAUCUGUCAGUGAAGCUCUCGACCAGGCAGUUAUGGCUCUUGCCGAAGACCCAGAAUCACCUCUUAAAGUAUUGGACUUAUGUGGAUCAUCGGUUAGUUUUCCGCCUAUUCGUCAAGUGCUGUGUCAUUGCAGUCGACUGCGUACGCUAAACCUGUCUUCGUGUCGAGCUCUCCCGCGUGGAAUCAAGCGCCUUUAUGACGGCGUCACUCAACUGUCUUUAUUAAGAACAGCUAUCCAAGCAGGUCGGUUUGACGAUAACAAUGAUCAGGUUGACGACUAAUGAGGAAAAUUCGCAAAACACCCCCUCAUCGUUCGUUUAAUAACCGUAUCAACCUUCCCAACCUUUCCCCCAUCCUCCUCUUCUUCAAUUAUCUAUCCGGUGAUACCGGCCUUCUGUUUUAAAUUAUUAGUGACCAAAGUGGUUAUGAAGCAAUAGGGCGAACUAUGCCAGUUUCUUCUCUAGCCACUUGAGUUGUAUUGUAUUUAAUGGUACGUCGCAGUUAUAAUGACCCAGGAGCCUAUUCUGAAAAUACUCCGUGCAGUCGACAUCAUUAUAUACUUUUAGUGUGUUCAAUAAGUCCGUGCCCAUGCCAUAUACGACAAAUACUAAAAGUUCUUAUUAAGUUUUUGACAAUGUUAUCCAUUUUACAAAGGACAAAUGAUAUCUACUAUCUUCUCGUGUGUUAACAUUGUCUGUUCAUUGUUUCGUUUUCUUUCAAUUUGUUGGAUCACCUUCUCAAAACUGCUACAAUUACGUAUACCUGUUCACCCUUCUUUUCCUGAACUUCAGUUUUUUCGCUAAUCCGUUUUGUUGUUGUUUUAUUUUGUUUUCAUCUUCUUCCACUUUCUCAUCCUUUUCUUUCUCUCUUGCUAUAUAUACCGAAAGCCAAGUAUUGAAAGAUCAUUAGUACAUUUAAAUUUUUCUUUUAUUAUUAAACAUAGUUCAAAGGCUUUUGCACAACUCAGAAUUGUUUGGUAUAAUUGUAAGCGUGAGUGUGUGCGGUGCGUGUUUCGCUAGCCUCGGGAGUUCCGCGUGAACGUCGUGAUUGUAUACAGCAUGGAGGAGUUGGAAACCUUAGGUUUGCUCCGUAGGUUUGCUCUCUCGUGUACGAUUAUUGACGUAUUAUAUUCGUGUAUGCUGUUCAUAUACAAAAAUAUACUCCCUGAACUUGA